AUGGCCAUCCAGACAGCAGGUGCCCUCUGCCCCACGCUGCCCUGCCAGCUAAAUGGCACCCCCAGUUGGGCCAUCUGGACCCUCCAGCGCCAGCUCUCCCUCCUUGUCUGUCUGCCCCCUACCAAGCCCCAGCCCCUGCAUCCUUGGGCCUGUCUCGUGACCCCCACCCACGCCAUAGCCUUGGUGAUUACCACCCCUACCACGGCUUUGGUGACUGCCACCAGUCCCCUCGUGGCCUCGGAGAUUGCCACCUGUGCGGUGGCCCGGCAUCCUCACCCCUCGGGCACGUCCGCAGGGCAGGGGGACCCAGAGCGGACUGCAUUCCAGGUGAAACUGUCCUGGGGCUCCGUGAGCGGCCUCGGAAAGGGGGCAGGGCGGGGCCUCCUGGGGCCCCAGCCCCCACAGCCCCCAGGCCCCACACAGGGCUGGUACAGCCCCCUUGCUCUGGAGACCCUGUCCCCUAGGCCAGCUGUGGACGCCACCUUGCCAGGGCCCCUGCUCCACUGGUGUCCUGUGGACCGAGAUCUUGACCCUGGGGAGCUGUUGGGAGAGGGGGGCAGAGGGCUGCCAAUGCAGCUGGUCCAGAAGGUGGGUUGCCCGGGCCUGACCCCGGUGGGCGCCGUCUGCGGCGCGGUUCCACCUCGUUCCCGCUCCCAUGUUCGCUCCCUACCCGGUGGCGCGCUCUCCUGGCCGCGGGCGGGCAGGGGUCUGCCGGGCGGGUGCGCUACGGGCGGCGGCCGCGGGGGGCGCUGCGAGGGCCGCGUUAAAGCCUCGGGCCGCGGGCGCGCGCGCUCAGAGGGACCCGGCCGCCGCUGUCGCGGAGCCGGCCGCGCCCCGCCUUCCGCCCGGCCGUCCGGACCCCGACUCCCGCCCGGACCCCGAUCCCGCCCGCGCCAAGGCGGCCGCGCCCCAGCCCAUGAGGCCCCCCUGCACGCCCAGCCCCGGCUCCCGAGGCUCGACCUGCACCUGAGCCGGCCGGGCAACAUGGGCAAGCUGCAGUCCAAGCACGGUGAGCGGCGGACCGGGCACCGGGCGGGGGGCGCGGGCAGGGCGCGCCGGCCGCUCACUGUUCUUCCUCUCCCGCCCCGCCCCGCGCAGCCUGCAAGCGCAGAGAGAGCCCUGAAGGUGAGCGCCGCGAGGCCCUGCGACCCCGGCCCGGGGGGUGGCGCCGCCGCGGGGUCCCGGGAGCGCGCAGUCCCCCGUCCAGCCGACCCCGGGGGGGGGGACAGCUUCGUGGUGUCGGCGUACGCGAGCGGCCGCAAAGGCGCAGAGGAGGCGGAGCGGCGCGAGGGUGGCGGCUGCGCAGAGCCUCGCGCGCGGGACAAGCAGGAGCUGCCCCAUGGGGACCCGAAGGAUGGACACCUCUGCGAGGACCAGGGCCCCCUGGAGGUGGUGCUAAGCCCCGAGAAGGCUGAGGGCCACGAAGGUUCCAGACACCUCUGCGGCGCUGAGAAUGGAGACCAGGCGGCUUGCAGGGACGGCGCCCUCGGGCCAGGCAGGAAGUGCCUGCACAUAGAUGAGCUGCAGUGUGACAUCUCGCUGGAGGAGGACAACCGGCAGGAGUGGACGUUCACACUGUACGACUUCAACAACAGUGGGAAGGUCACCCGAGAGGACAUGUCCAGCCUGAUGCACACCAUCUAUGAGGUCGUGGAUGCCUCGGUCAAUCACUCCUCCGGCAGCAGCAAGACCCUCCGUGUAAAGCUGACCUUCAGCCCGGAGCCCCCCGGCAAGAGGAAAGAAGGCCUAGCUGUCAGCCAGGACAGGGAGCUGGGCCGCUUCCGGACAGAGGGGGAGCAGGCUGAGGAAGAGCGGAUGGCUGACAGGAGGCUCCCUGCUCAUGUUAGGAGGCCAGGGGCCGAUGCCACCCCUUGCCCUGUGAGGGGCCCCUACUGUGUGGACGAGAACACGGAGCGCAGGAAUCACUACCUGGACCUGGCAGGCAUCGAGAACUACACCUCUAAGUUCGGGCCUGGGUCCCCGCCAGCACAGCCCAAACAGGAGCACCCCAGCAAGGGCUUGCACCCCCAAGGCCGGUCCCGCUCACAGGAGUCAGACGCACACAUGGGCCACCAGCGGCGGUCCCAGGUGCUGGCUGACUCUGCUGAGUCUGCCACCCGGGCCCUGGACACCCCGCCGCGGCCGAAGGUGCUGGAGAAGCAGUUCCUCAAGUCCCCCAAGGGCACGGGGAAGCCACCCGUGGGGCUGGGGGGCAGCAGGCCAGGCAAAGCCUUCAGCUACCACCUGGCAGCACCAGCCCAGGGCCCCCAGGAUGGGCACUACCUCCCACCUCAGCCCCCACCACCAGCGCAGCCGCAGCCCUACAACCACAAGAGGUCUCGGCAGAAGAGCAGGGAGAGCUAUUCACCACUCAAGGCCAUAUACACCCCACCCGGUGCAGUGGAACAUGAGGUGGUGCGGGACCUGCCACCCGUGCUGGCAGGAGAAGGCUUCACGGUGCCUGUGGUGCAGAGGCAUGAACACCACCACCACCACGAGCACCACCACCACCACCACUACCACCACUACCACCCGUCCUGACAUAGCCACCACCACCAUCAUCACCAGCAUCGCCAUCCUGAUGCAGCCACUACCACCACCACGCCACCACCGUCACUAUCACCAUCCUGACAUAGCCACCACCAUCACCACCACCACGAGCACCUCCACUAUCACCAUCCUGAUGUAGCCACCAUCACCAUCGCCACCACUACUACCACUACCACCUUCCUGACAUAGUUGUCCCCACCACCACCACCAUCAUCACCACCAUCCUGACAUAGCCACCACCAUCACCAGAACCACCAUCACCAUGCCACCAUCAUCACCACUGUCAUCAUCCUGAUGUAGCCACUACCACCAUCACCACCGCCAUUACCAGCACCACCAUUACCACCACUGCCAUUACCACCACCGCCAUUACCACCACCACCGCCAUUACCACCACCGCCAUUACC